GUACUUACUCACUCUCCCCCCACCCGCGCCAGGCCAGACAGACUAACUGAGCACCCGCUGCAAGGAGUCCGCGCCCAUGGCGAGCACCAACAUGGCGUCGGCCACCUCGCGGUUCAUGCUGGCCGCGGGCGUGCCCACCGGCAGCAGCGGCGGCCGCGUCAACUUCGCCUCGGCGCCCAACCGGCUUGGCAGGAGGCUCGUGGCCCGGGCCGACAACGAGGCCGCCGCAGCUGAGGCGGCGGAAGGGGAGGGUGCCGUGGCCACCAAGCCCAAGGCCGAGAAGCCGCCGCCGAUCGGGCCCAAGAGGGGCGCCAAGGUGAAGAUCCUUAGGAGGGAGUCCUACUGGUACAACGGGAUCGGCAACGUCGUCACCGUCGAUCAGGAUCCCAACACCCGCUACCCGGUGGUUGUGCGGUUCAACAAGGUGAACUACGCCGGCGUGUCCACCAACAACUACGCCUUGGACGAGGUCUCAGAGGUGAAAUGAGUGGGGCCGGCCGGCUCAAGGGCUCCGCGCUAGCUACCGUGUGAUUGAUUUGUAGUAGUUGUGAAAUGAGGCUGUGAAGCUGCAUGCUGUGCUGGCUAGCGUCACAACAUCGAUCCUAUGUGUAAUAGCAUAAUCCACAUAAUCAUAUCAUGUAAUUGCUUGCUUUAUUCACCGUGUACUCAA